AGGCCUUAUGCAAACUUAUGGAACAUCGUCGUUGCGAAGUUAAAGCCUUUAGAAAAGAAACGUGGACACACUUGAUAGACAUGCUAAAUCUCCGAGAUGAAAUUACCAACUUUGAUGAAAUGUACGAAAAGGAACAGGCAGAUGACGACAGAAGUAGAAAAAAAGAAGAUGAACUUUUAAACCAAGAUCUUGAGCACAUAUUUUGCCAUCACGUAUAUGACUGCAUGUUUUACAUGGGCUUGAAAGACGUCCAUUCUUCAUCUCAGGAGACCUCUGACAUCUCACAUCUGGUUUAUCGUGUAAAUAGAGACCAGGCUGAGAAGAUGCAAUACAAAGAGCAUUUUGGAAAAAAUCUGACGGAAAAUCUUGAAAAGACAUACGACGGAAAGAGCAUGCUUGUUAAAAUCUACACAAGUAGAUCUCCAAGUCCUGCGGACAAAAACAAGUUGCUCAAGUUUCUUAAAGAAAAGAGGCUAGCUGAGGCAACUAUAUAUAUAGCGAAUAUAUAUGGAAUCCGGCGAAACUCCUACAAAACAGAACCACACUACGAGGAUGUCUCAGAAGAAACGAGUACCAAAAACUCUGAUGGUCUUAGAGAACUUAUGGACCAUAGACGCUGUAAACUAAAGGCUUUUAAUGAAGAUACAUGGGAAGACUUAAUGUACAAUUUAAAUAUCGAGGACGAAAAAAACUUUUCUCAAAAGUACAGGGAAAAACAUGGCGGUUGCCAUAUAAGUAGAAAAAGAGAAGAUAUGAAAAUUAAAGACGAUCUUGAGUGCAUUUAUAAAGAUGAAAAGUGA